GGGAGGAUGGGGUGGUCCAUCUGAUUCUGCAAUCCCCACUUAGCUGACUGCCUGCGAACCUCUGGAGGAGGUCUGGGGCAGUUCCCGGGCAGGGAGGAUGGAGCUUACUUCCAUUCUCCCUAUUUCUGGGCUCCUACUUGCUGCUCUGUCCAGCAAGAGGCAGAAAAACUCCUUGGGCACCCUGGGGUGACAUGCACUUCCCAGGUCAAGGAGGCUGGGCCGCGCCCCGCCAGCCAUGGGGACCCUGGAGGUGCUUCUGCCUCUACGUCCUCCCAACAUGGGUGCUGCCAGACUCCGUUGCGCUCCUGAGUUGCUCCUCGCGGAAUUCCAGCCGCCCGACAUGGGUGUCUCACUUUCGGCUUCUGGGCCACGUCGGGGCGGCAGAGGACCCGGAGGGCCGGGCGGGAGAGUGGGAAAGGUGGGGCGGGAAAGCCGAGCGAGGCCCUCACCCGCCUUCGUGUUGGCGGGGGCGACAAGUGGGUUUCUUUCUUGCGUUCAGAUUUUGCAAUAAUUUGCAGCUGGACAUGGGAUAUAGGAGACAAGGCUGCUCCUCGCAGUACACCCACUCACGCCCGCACCUCCCUAGGCGAAGCGGCUCGCAGCUGGUUCCAGCACAGGUUAAAUAGCUUCCGUGUCCAGAACACCGAAAACGCGCCGCGCACGCGCGCCAAGGAGUUCGGCGACGGCCCCGCCCCUCGCCUGCCUCGUCCUGCCCCUUCCGCGCCUUUGGGGGUGGGGACAGCGCGGCUUCCGCCGGGAGCCUGGAACCGAGCCCCGGAGCCGGGGGCUGGGCGCCAGUGCCCACUCCGCCAGCUCCAACCCGCGGACGGUUCCCUGUCUCCCGCGCCCCAAUUUUGAUUUUCAGACCCAACUCCUACAGGAUUCUGAGACCCCGGCCCAUCUCCCCGCAUUCCAUUUCCAGCUGCAAAUUACUGCAGAGUCUGAACCCAGGAAAGAAGCCCGUUUGCCGUUCCCCUGUCUUCCCUCGCCAGACAGGUGGAGGGUGGGUGAGGUCUCGCUCGGCUUUCCCCCUGCACCUUUCCCACCCUCCCGCCCGUCCCUGGGGGUCCUCCGUCACGCCGGCCAUGGCCCAGAAGCCGAAGGUGGACCCCCACGUCGGGCGUUUGGGAUACCUGCAGGCGCUGGUCACGGAAUUCCAGGAGACCCAGAGCCAAGACGCCAAGGAGCAAGUCCUCGCCAACCUCGCCAACUUCGCUUAUGACCCCAGCAACUACGAGUAUCUGCGGCAGCUGCAGGUCCUGGAUUUAUUUCUCGAUUCGCUGUCGGAGGAGAAUGAGGCCCUGGUGGAGUUUGCUAUUGUAGAGACGGAGUUUCACCGUCUUGGCAAGGCUGGUCUAGAGCUCCUGACCUCAGGUGAUCCACUCGCCUGGCCUCCCAACGUGCUGGAUUACAGGUGUGAGCCACCACGCCCGGCCCCCUGUGAAGACUUUGACCCUGGGUUGAUUCAUCUCAGCAUGGGAGGCCUGUGCAACCUGUGCCCAGACCGGGCCAACAAGGAGCACAUCCUGCAGGCGGGAGGCGUCCCACUCAUCAUCAACUGCCUGUCCAGCCCCAACGAGGAGACGGUGCUGUCCGCCAUUACCACGCUCAUGCACCUGAGCCCGUCGGGCCGCAGCUUUUCCCCAGAGCUGACCGCCGCGCCUGUGGUGCAGUGCAUGCUUCGCUUCUCCCUCUCGGCCAGUGCCAGGCUCCGGAACCUGGCGCAGAUCUUCCUGGAGGACUUCUGCUCCCCACGCCAGGUGGCCGAGGCCCGCAGCCGGCAGGCGCACUCUGCCCUGGGUAUCCCACUGCCGAGGAGUAUGGCCCCACGGCAGCGCUGAUCCACGGGGACCGCGAGACUGUAGCACCCCUACUGCUGGAGACCACGGUCCUGAUGUGGACGCAGGGAACAGGGGGAGCAGAUGCUGCCCCACUGGUGCCUUUUCAGCCAUUUGCAAGGCGGGUUCUUUCAGCAGGACAGGCAUUUACACUGUGAUGAAACGCCAUUGGGAGUGAGGAAGCCAGACUCGGAGGCACGCAGAGAUCAAACUGGAGCUGCUUUCAUAGGCCGGCACUCUCUACCCUACGUCUGGUGCCAUCACUGCCAGGCUCAGGCCCUGGCGUAAGAAGUGGCCAAGUGUCUGGACCCAGAGGCUUCGCAGUACAGUGUUCUCAAGAGCUGGGACUGAGGCUUAGGAGAGCUGCCUUUGCUGCCGGAAAUCAGGGAUUAUCCCUUACCAGAAGCGUCUGGAGUAGUUUUCAGGGAUAGGAAUGAGAUGCCUCAUGGUAAAAGGAUCUCACGCUGGGAGGAUCUGCCCCCUCCGGGGCUGUGGAGGAUGGAUACCGCCCCCAGGGGCUCUCCAAGCUGGACAUCUGGGCCUGGUGGAUGCCAACCUGGAUAAUCUGUGGCCCAGCAUUGACUGUCCACCAGCCGUGCUAUCUGCUAAGCACCAUGAUUCCAAGAUGAAGAUAUGGUCUCUGCCCUUGAGUGACAGCCCAGUGACUUAAUGUGGCCAUUGGGCAUCAAGCACAAGGCCAUGCAGGUGAUAUGUCGGAGUAGAGGUGCCAGCCCUGGGAACUGCAUCUUCUCCCCUUGCCACCCCACGGCCCCGGCUGAAAGCUUUGGCCUUCCUCCUCCCCCACUUGCCACCCCAUGGUCUGGGCUGAAAGCUUCAGCCCUCCUCCCCGACUCGCCACCCCAGGCCCCUGACUGAAAGCUUUGGCCCUCCUUUGCUGUCACACUCAGUGAUGGGGAGCCCUACCCCAGAAGUGUGUCAUGAGGGCAUGAGGGACGCAGUGAAAAUGGUGCUCAAGGGAGACAGGAAGAGACAGCAACAUAAAGGAUGUGGCUCCACGUCCACGGUGCCCCCUGGUCAACUGAAGGAGCAUGAGACUUGAUGGAAAGUUACUCAGGGAAAAUGGGGGGUCCUUGCCUCUUGUGUACCCCCUCAAGGCUGACCCCUUAGAUGGCCCAGGAAUGGCAGGUGCUACAAGAAUGGUAUCCACAUGGGCAUGGAAAUGGGGCAGAUUCAGAGACCACUGGGCUGAGGGGAGGGAAGGGCUCAUCAGCACCCAUCCAGGGAGCCUGUCCCUUUAUGUUCCCAAAUAAAGGGUCCCAGAAGACUAGAAA